AUGGGCAAUACUGAAAAUUUCAGUUGUGUUCUUGGCCUCUCCAAGUGCCCUUUCAUUCAGGGAAAAGUGUUGUUAGCUCAGCCCCGGGACACUGGUUUUUCAUUUAGCCACGAUGUCAAUAGUCAUUUGGCCAGCCUCUCCAUUGCUGGAAACACGAUCCGUAUGCCCGACCCUGCUGUUGAGGCUUUCUGUGCCCCGGAUAACUUGAAAGCCAGUGUUGAAAAUCAGCGCCAGAUUAAGAUGUACAUCAACGAAGUGUGUCGGGAGACUGUGUCACUUUGCUGCAACUCAUUUCUGCAGCAGGCCGGAUUAAAUUUGUUAAUAAUCAUGACAGUUAUUAAUAACAUGCUUGCCAAGUCCGUUUCAGACUUGAAGUUUCCUUUGAUACCAGAGGGAAGUGAAUGUGCUGAGGGGCACGUUCUGAAACCCUUGAUGGGUUUGUCUGAAAAGCCAGUCGUGGCGGGUGAGUUGCUGGGAGCCCAAAUGUUGCUCUCCUCCCUGUCCCUCUCUAUCAGGAACGCAAACAGACAGUUUCUCCCAGAAAUCCCGGCCUCUUAAGUGGCCCCCUCCAACAGGAUGGGACUGAUCCACCCCAAACCAAAACCCGAUCAGUGAACACACACUUGUGUUCUCAAUCAAAGACUCUGCAGUGGGUGCUAUUGAAGAUCCAGCCUUAGCCAAUAGCCAUAUCUCUGGGUGAAAGUUACACUUGCUAAAUCCAGGACCACUCUCUGGUUGGCCAGGCAGGGGUUCCCACAGAGCUUUAAGUAAAUUCUUGGUUUUGCAGUCUGCAGGCAGUGCGCAUUGUAAAUUGCUCCCUUGCAGCCUUCCUCCUGUGGUAAAGGGAUCAUUUCAACUGUGUAGUGAAAGAACAACAUUUUCUAGCCCGACAAGGGAUGCCUUGCCUGUGGUGGUCUCCCUGUCUAAGCUGGACCGUCUUGUGGCGACCAGACCCAUAUGGGAGCUUGUGCCGAAAAUGCAUUGUUUGCUGCGUAGGCUGCAUUCUUUUUCAUUUACUCUCUUUUCUUCACGAGCCUAUGGAUGGUAAACCUAUUCAGCAAAAAAUGUACACUCCCCUUAUAUGAGCUGUACUGACUCAGCCUCGUCCACCAAGUCUGCAUUUUUAUGUAUCACCAAUAAAGCUGUGUGCUUUAACUGGCAAAAACGAGAA